UUUAGACAACAGGACCUGAGGAGUUAAGCAUUAUGCACCUGGAGUUAUACAGAAGACGGAUCUAACUGAUAAACCUAUAAGCUGAAUUCACGGUAUGUCAAUCGGUGGUAUUUGAGAGCCUGUAGCUGUGAAAAGAUGGGCUUUUCAGUUCUGACAUGCCUGGACCCCACCUUGGUACUCUAAUAGUGAUGAAGAGCUCCUUUACAAUCCUACUCCUCACUCUAUCAGUCCUGUUCAGGGUUGAGUGUGUGUUUGGAAGGACGUUAGAGCAUGUGCUGCAGAAAUGGGAAAGGUAUCGGAAUGAGUGCAUGUCAAACAUCAGCUCAGCACCAACCCCCUCAGGUUUGUUUUGCAGACGUAUGUUUGAUCAAUUUGCCUGCUGGACAGAUGGGUUGCCCAACACCACAGUCAAAGUGCCCUGUCCCUGGUAUUUGCCCUGGUAUGAUCAAGUGCACAGUGGGUUUGUCCUAAGAGAAUGUGGUCCAGAUGGCCAAUGGCACAACAACAACACUAGCCACACCUGGAGGGACCCCUCACAAUGCAUUGCAAAUAGCAACAACCACAAAAACGAGGAGCAACAGAUACUAGUCCUAACCUACCUCAGGGUGAUGUACACAGUUGGCUACUCUUUGUCUUUGACCAGCCUUAUUUUGGCCCUCAUCAUAUUACUUCUAUUUAGAAAACUCCAUUGCACCCGUAACUACAUUCAUGCCAACCUGUUUGCCUCUUUUAUCCUGCGUGCCGUUUCCAUCCUUAUGCGUGAUGAUCUUCUCCAAAAACACAGUCCUUACCACCAAAACAGCAGUAAUUUUUCCUAUGUUUUCAGCGAACAGGAACUAUCUGGCUGCCGCAUAGCCGAAGUGGUAAUGCAGUACUGUGUGGGAACAAACUACUUCUGGGUACUAACAGAGGGCCUGUACCUCUAUAACCUUCUGGUACUCGUUGUGUUCUCUGAGAACAGCUACUUCUGUGGUUACCUUGUCCUCGGCUGGGUUACUCCUACACUUUAUGUGGUCCCAUGGAUCAUAAUGCGCCACCUAUAUGAGAACACAGGGUGCUGGGAGCAGAAUGAGAACACUGUGAAUUGGCUGAUUGUUGAAGCUCCUAUCUACCUGGCUAUCUCAGUAAACCUUUUCUUUUUCACAAGGAUUAUACAGAUGCUUGUCUCCAAAUUAAGAGCAAACCAGAUGAGAUAUACAGACUGUAAAUUCAGAUUGGCCAAGUCUACCCUGACCCUCAUGCCUCUACUGGGACUUCAUAAGAUUGUGUUUCCAUCAGUGGUAAAGGAACCAAGUGGUAAUCCGUUGCGUACCACCUGGCUCUUCUUUGAGCUCUUCCUUAACUCAACACAGGGUUUACUGGUGGCCAUUUUAUACUGUUUUCUGAAUAAAGAGGUGCAAACAGAAAUUAAGAAAAAGUGGCAUAAUCUGAAGCUGGGAAUUGGAACCCUGGAUGAACACCGCACUACCAGCAGUCACAUACUACAGGGGGCUACUGGACAAGAUCAUGAAGACCAGCCAUGCCACCAUGACUGUCAUGAAGAAAGUGGUAUCCACUUGAGCAUGGAACCUCUUCCAGCCUCCACACAAAUUCCUCUCCAUUUGCAUCAUCAUCUGGAAGCAAAGAAGGACAAGGCAUAUUGUUACAUUUCAGCCCACAAGCAAGUGCUGAAUGCAUUGGACACACCAGCACUGGAUCACUGUGAACUUGAUGGAGUCAAUGGAUAUUCUGAUACCUACUGUUAAAGGCUUCUGGGCCAUGUGGAAAAGAUUUUCAGAGGCAUACAAAAUUGAAUCUUAAAUUUUGUAAAGAGUGCAUUUAAAUCAUUAGUCCAAUACUGACCAAACCUCUAUGGUGUGCUAUUCUUAGAUGAACUUUUACUCAAACACCAGCAACCUGGAGGACCAACAGAGCAGUGUGAAAUCUUCAACUUUUUUUAAUUUUAAAAAGGUCAAAAAUAGAAGGGUCUAAAUUAUAUUAUAUGCCAAAUCGGUUAAUGUGACUAGUGAUUAAUGUGAUCAGUCCCACUAUAUUGUUAUUUUCUACCUGUUAUUUUUGUUUUUGGACAACAGAAGGAGGUGUAAUUAGUGAGAUUUAGCUGUAAAGGUAUCAUUUUGAAGCUAUAAAGUAAGAAACAUGUAAUAUUAAACAUUCAUCUUAAGUGAAUGUUACAAGUCUUAAGUGAAUUAUAUUAAUAAAAUGAUGCCCACAACUGUAUAUAAUAGAUAAGUGUCUCCUUAAGGUUAAUAUAUACAGUCUUAUAUAGCUAAUAUUUGCACAAAAUAAAGAGUUUAUAUUAACUGUGUUCUAUAUUAUUUUUCAGUGUUAGAUAAUAUUGCUGGGUGUUUAACAUAGAGUUUACAAGGUGGUUAAUUGCUGUCACAUGUAUUCCAGCAAAAAAUAUGUAAAAGAAGUUCACAGAAAAACAUCUUAUAAAUAAGUUAAAAUAAGUUAUUUUUGUGAAUGUUGUCCCUUGUCUUGGAUGUUCAGUGAGUUACUACCACUGCCCUCUAUUGAUCUUUACUGUGCCAUAAUAGAACACACACACACACACACACACACACACACACACACACACACACACACACACACACACACGCAAACACAUACAA